UCUCCAGUUCAUAGUGUUCGUGCGGAGUCAACGGGCAAAAGUGUACUCGUGAGACGUCAAAAAGUAUAGAAAUCAUUUGAAGUUUUGCAGUUCGGCCAGAAUCAGUUCGAGAUUGUUUGCUCCCCCGAGUGUACGAAUGCUGAUGGAAAAUGCAGGAAAAUGUCACCCGAGAUGCCGUGACCUACACUGAACACGCCAAGCGCAAAACCGCAAUGAAUGUCGUCUAUACUCUAAAGCGGCAGGACUUUGUAUGGAUUUGGAAGUUGAAAAGGUUUCUCACAUCAAGUAAGUAUUAGUGAGUUGAUUUUUUUCCCAUCGUGUUGCAUCCGAUACAAGUUGGGCGAAGAAAAAGGGGUGGUAAACAAUCACCUGUCAGUCUGCUCAACAUUAUCCACUGAAAAAUAUAAGCACUUCGUCCAAGGUGCAACGAACGGGGCAUUCCACAAGGACAACGCACAGACACGGCUAUCGAUCCGGGUGACCUAAUUUCAGCUGUUAAUAAUCAUUUACAAUGGAUCCCUCCGUGGAUGAUGCAAAAAUCGUGAAGGAAACACUACAUCCAGGAAGCAAAGCGGUACCGUUCCAGGAUGGAACCAAAAUUCGAUUCCACUAUCAAACAAAAAAAUUAGACGGAACUGUGCUGGAUGACAGUCGCAAGCUGAACAAACCGAUGGAACUGGUGCUGGGGAAAAAGUUCAAACUGGAAGUGUGGGAAGUUUGCCUGCAGCGAAUGGCACUGCACGAGGUGGCCCGGUUUCGGUGCGAUCGGUCACUAGUGCAGCAGUAUCCGUUCGUAUCGAAAACGAUUCGGGACUCGCUGAAACCGGCCGAUCAGCGGAAGCAUUGCUGUGGGAUGACGAUUCAGAAUGAGGGAAUUGGGUAUAAGGAUUUGGAUGAGAUUUUUAACAAUCCUCAGGAUUUGGAGUUUGUGCUGGAGAUUUUGUCGAUUGAGAGUCCCGAGGAGUACCAGAAGGAAUCGUGGCAGCUGAGUGAUGAGGAGAAGUUGGUUCAGGUCGGAGUGCUUCGGGAGAAGGGGAAUGCGUGCUAUGCGAGGAAGGAUUUUGCUGGUGCGACGGAUGCGUAUUCCUAUGCGACUGGAUUGGUAGAACAGCUGAUGCUGAAGGAAAAACCUAACGACACGGAUUGGCUGGUGCUGGCUGAACUCAAAGUUCCGCUUCUACUGAAUUUUUCGCAGUGCAAACUACUGGAGAAAGAUUAUUACGCGGUGAUCGAACACUGCACGGAAGUGCUGGACAAAUACGAUAAAAAUAACGUGAAGGCACUGUUUCGAAGGGCCAAAGCGCACGUGGGAGCGUGGAAUCCUGAUAAAGCUCGAGAGGAUUUCGAGCGAGCGGCCGAGCUAGAACCGGCGCUCGCAGCAACGGUGGCCAAAGAGCUAAAGCACCUGCAGGAACUGAUACGGAUGAAGGAUAUCGAAGACAAGCUGAAGUUUCAGAAACUGUUUUAAUGCUGGUCCUGCCGGGCAGGAGUAGAUGGUUGUUCGUACAAAUGGUUUUAAAUUGUGUCUUCAAAUUCUGUGAAAUGUGUAUAUGUUGUAAAUGUAUAGGAAAUAUAUGUAAGUGUUUGCUUUAGGGUAAAGCAAGA